ACAUUUCCGCUCUUCUGUUUUCAAUACUAUUUCUGUAUUUCUUUUCUCCCUCGCCUUCCCAAAAUCCUCACUCAUAAUUUCCGAUGGCGUCCGCCGUAUUCUCGCAUUCCCUGUUCUCCGCUCACCACCCUUCGUCUCCGGGAACGAACGCCUCCAAGGCGCUGCCAAUCUCCGUUUCUGUUAAGCAGUUGCCUUUUAGCAUCGCAAAAUCCGACGCCGUUUCGACCAAUGCGCCGAGAAGCUUUGCCGUUUACUCGACCUCCGCCGGCGAAGGAAAUAGCAACUUCUCUUCCGAAACGCCGAUUGAAUUGAAGUAUUCUGCAUUUCCCACCGUCAUGGAUAUCAAUCAGAUUCGAGAAAUUUUACCUCACCGGUUUCCUUUCCUGCUGGUGGACAGAGUGAUUGAAUAUAAUCCAGGGGUGUCAGUCGUGGGCAUCAAGAAUGUGACCAUCAACGAUAAUUUCUUUCCCGGCCACUUUCCGGAGAGGCCAAUAAUGCCUGGUGUACUCAUGGUUGAGGCCAUGGCCCAAGUCGGCGGUUUGAUUAUGCUACAACCCGAAGUUGGAGGCUCGCGCGAGAAUUUCUUCUUUGCUGGAGUUGACAAAGUAAGAUUCAGGAAGCCUGUAAUCGCGGGAGACACCUUAGUGAUGAGAAUGAACCUCGUCAAGCUGCAAAAGCGCUUCGGAAUAGCCAAGAUGGAAGGCAAAGCAUAUGUUGGCAGCGAUCUUGUAUGCGAAGGUGAAUUCUUAAUGGCCAUGGGAAGUGAAUGAUCCAUGACCAUGCCUAAAUUUUUAACAGUAAUGCUUCUCUGAUUAAUAAUCAUAAUUUACCAUUGGUUCAAGUUUUCUCUGACUUGUAUAUUCUGUUCUUCGAGCUAAUCUUUUUCGAGUCCCUUGUUGUGUUUCUUUAGGAAAUACUAAUGUUUAUUGCAUUGUUCGAUUUAUUUCUCACUUAUUUUUUCCAGAUGUUCUUCAAAGCUACAUUUUUGUCAUCUAUAUAUAGACAUUA